AUGGACAAAAUUAUAUCAGAAAUGCAACUGGCUGUUAUCGCGGGCAGGCAGAUCUUGGAUGUAAUAUUAGUGGCUAAUGAAAUAGUAGACGAGGCUAGAAAAAGAAGGAAAGAAGUGUUACUAUUUAAAGUGGAUUUCGAAAAAGCAUAUGACUACGUAGAUUCGAAGUGCCUGAUAUAUCUAAUGGAAAAGAUAAGAUUCCUGCCAAAAUGGUGUAACUGGAUUUCCGAAUGUUUGAGUAUAUCGUCAUUAUCAAUUCUGGUUAACGACAGUCCAACAAGGGAAUUUAAGAUGGGUCGUGGUCUUAGGCAAGGUGACCCGUUGUCACCAUUCUUAUUCCUAAUAGUUGCAGAAGCUUUCAACACAAUGAUGAAAAAGGUGGUAGCGCUGGGGAAGUUUCAAGGCUUCAAAUUUGACGAAGGCAGUGAGCAAUUUUCACACCUGUAA